UAUUCAAAUUGCGCUUAGCCAAGCAGUGGAGGGAAUGGCUGACUAGCCCAGCCAGCAAAUACCACUUUCUCUGCUGCCCGAAAGCGGGGUCAAGACGUUUUCACGUAGCCGAGAUCCACAGUCAACUCUGGCAACUGGUCGAGCAAGCAAUGGAAAAGUCGCCUCUUAAAUUUCCCCACGAAAUUCGCGAUGUGGAGGCGUCCACCAACGCGGAACUGAUGGAAUAUUUCCACGGUGAAAAAACUGGCUUCGUCCAGGUCGGACCCGAGGGAUACUUCUUCCCGCACAAAUUCAAGGAUGAGGCUGAGCGAUAUUACAACUUUGAGGCUCGUCCCGAUGAUGUUUGGAUAGCCACAGUGCCCAGAUCGGGCACCACUUGGACGCAGGAGUUGAUAUGGUUGUUGGCCAAUAAGCUGGACUUCGAGGAGGCACAAAAAAGACCGCUAACCGAACGCUUUCCAUUCUUUGAGUUUCCAGUAUUUAUGCAUCCCAAGAUUAAGGAGGAACUGCAGGAGAUGAACAAGAACUCGACUGGUGCUUUGGAGUUCAUUGAAAAGAUUUCCCGGCCUGGUUAUGAGGCUUUAAGUGAAGUACCUCGCACCCAGCGCCGUUUUAUAAAAACCCAUUUUCCAUUUUCUUUACUGCCGCCCAGUGUUUUGGAAAAUAAAUGCAAGAUAAUUUAUGUGGUACGCGAUCCCAAGGAUGUGGCUGUUUCGUAUUACCAUCUGAACAGACUCUUCCGCACCCAGGGCUAUGUGGGAGAUUUCGAGCGUUACUGGCGCUACUUUCAGCAGGGGUUAAGUAAGUACUCCACCAUGAGAAACCAUAAAUAAAUCCCACUAUCCUAUCCCGCAGAUCCUUGGCUGCCUUACUAUAGUCACGUUAGGGAGGCUCGUCAACAUGCUCACCUGCCCAACGUGCUCUUCCUGCGCUACGAAGACAUGCUGGUGGAUCUGCCAGGAGCAGUUCACAGUAUUGCCGAGUUCUUGGAAUGCCCGCCCAAGCCAGAGGACUUAAGCAAGCUCCUGGACCAUUUGAGUAUCAAAAGUUUCCGCGAAAACAAAUCCGUAAACAUGCACGAAAUGGCCUCCGUCGGAAUCCUCAACAAGGGGGAGGCGGGAUUCGUGAGGAGUGGCGGGAAAGCCGCCAGUCAGCCUCAGCAGGAAUUCGUGGACAACCCCAAGCUCUUCCAGAGCGCCAACGAGUGGGUGGAACAGAAUGUGAAAUGCUUCAAGACCAUAUAG